CGUGCUUGGUCGCUUCUGGACUACGUACCUUUCAUCAGCAGUUUACCUUUGGCAGCAGGUGAGGUCAAAUGCGGCGGAGCAGAGCGGAAGAGCUUCGUUGAAACAGGUGGAGGAGAGGAUUUUACGUUUGCUUUUGUUCUCUUUUAUUUCCUUUUUCUUACCAAAGGGGGGAACAAAUGGAAAACAGUAAAACGGCGCUGGUGGAGAGCUUGAUAAUAUGGCUGCAGACGUUCAACACCUCGGCCCCCUGCAGCACAGUGGAGGAUCUUACCACUGGAGCAGCAAUGUCACAAGUACUCCAUCAGAUAGACCCCACAUGGUUCAACGAAGCAUGGAUGGGUCGCAUCAAAACAGAUGUUGAGGACAAUUGGAGACUGAAGAUGAAUAAUUUGAAGAAGAUCCUUCAGAAAGUGGUUGACUAUUACAGUGAGGUUUUAGCUCAGGACAUUUCUUACUUCCCUUUGCCGGACAUGUCACUAGCAGCAGAGCACUCUGAGCCAGAGGAGAUGGGAAGGUUGCUGCAGCUCAUACUGGGCUGUGCUGUCAGAUGUGAGCAACAACAAGAAUACAUUCAGAUAAUCAUGACCAUGGAGGAGUCUGUGCAGCAUGUUGUUAUGAAAGCCAUCCAGGAGCUCAUGAAAAAAGAUAAUGCAACAACAUUAGGAACCGAGCUGUCAGGGGAUCCAGAGCAGCAGGUGAAGAAGCUCCUGGAGGAUCUUUCUGAACUCAUGUCAGAAAAGGAAGCCUUGGCUCAACGCUGUCAAGAGCUGGAUUUACAGGUGGCCGUUCUUCUAGAGGAAAGAAACAGCCUCUUGGCUGAGAACGAUGUCCUAACGGACCGCACCAGCCAGCUAGACACUUUUGAUGACCCGAGCACACCAUCGGGAAGGAAACACAGCCAGCUGCAGCAGCAACUGGAGAGUCUGCAGGAGGAGAACUUCAGACUGGAGGCUGCCAAGGAUGACUACCGGAUCCACUGUGAGGAGCUGGAGAAGCAGCUGAUUGAGCUUCAGCAUCGUAAUGAUGAGCUUACCAGCCUGGCAGAGGAAUCACGGGCUCUGAAAGAUGAACUGGAUGUUUUAAGGAACUGCUCAGACAGAGUGGUGAUGCUGGAAGCAUCGGUGGAAACAUACAAGCGGAAGCUGGAGAAUCUUGGCGAUCUGAAGAGGCAGAUGAAGCUUUUGGAGGAGAAUAACAUGACCUACAUGCAGAACAGCGUCACUCUGGAGGAGGAGCUACGCAAAGCAAAUGCUGCCCGCGCACAGCUGGAGUCAUACAAAAGACAAGUUCAGGACCUCCACAGUAAGCUGUCUGAGGAAACCAGGCGAGCAGACAACAUGGCGUUUGAGAUGAAAAAGCUGGAAGAAAAGCAUGAAACUGUGUUAAAAGAAAAGGAGCGGAUCAUUAUUGAGCGAGAUUCGCUGAAGGAAAUCAACGAGGAGCUGCGAUGUGCUCAGGUUCAACAGCACCAGCUCUCACAGCCAGGGAUCCUUCCCUCUGGCAGCCCCAGCCAUGAAAACCUUGCAGCUGAGUUGAUUCCCAUUGAAAUCAGAGAGAAGUUCUUCAGACUUCAGCAUGAGAACAAGAUGUUGCGGGUGCAGCAGGAGGAAUAUGAACAGGAGAGGAUCGCCACCCUGCAGGUUCAGCUGAGAGAAGCUGAGAAGACUCACAGUAAACUGGACACGGAGAACAGACUGAGCCGGGAGCGAAUCAGUGAGCUGCAGCAGCAGGUGGAGGACCUCCAGAGGGCGCUGCAGAGUCAGGCUGCCAAACCAGAUGAUUCAAACCUGAAGAGGAAACUGGACGCCCACAUGUCCCAGCUCAACGAGGCUCAAGAUGAAAUCAUGAAGAAGAAGGAGCUUCUGGAGGAUCUCCAGCCUGACAACACUCAGACAUCUUUGAGGGUGGAUGAGCUGAUGGCAGCCCUUAAGAAGAAGGAUGACGACAUGCGGGCCAUGGAAGAGAGGUACAAAAUGUAUCUGGAGAAGGCUCGCAAUGUAAUACGAGCUUUGGACCCCAAGCUGAAUCCUGCCACUGCUGAGAUCCAGGCUCUUAGAAACCAAGUGGCAGAUCGGGACAAGCAGAUCCUCAACCUCGAACGUCUAUGUGAGCAGGCCAGGCUGAAGGAGGUCGAGGAGAAGCUCAUUGUUACAGCUUGGUAUAACAAGAGUUUGGGCUUUCAGAAGUUGGCCAUGGAAUCCCGCCUCGGAGGCCGCGCUGCCUCCAUGUUCUCCCCUGGCCAGUCCUUUCUGACGCAGCAGAGGCAAGUCUCAAACGCCCCGCGCAGGGAUUCCUCCAUCAGCGCUCCCACCACUACCUCCAAGUAGACUGUGUCACAUUAGUUAAACAAGGCAAAAACAUGCAUUAUGAGCACCCAAGUGACCUUAAACACAUCUGCUGUCUGCCUUUGAGGUGGAUCGCACUGCGUGGGAUCAGUGAGCACUGAUCAGACGGGUACCUGUCUAAGGUAGAAGCAGUGAGGUUAUACCCUGCCGUGCUUCAGCCUGAAGGACUUCACCCCAAACUCCACCUCACAAGCCAAAGCCAGAUGUAGAUUUUCUAUCACUGUCUACAUGUUUGGAACAAAGUACUUUUAGAAAUGAAGUCUAUUAUAGUUUUAGUUUUGCUUUAGAGUGACAUUUAAGUUGCGAAGCCAAUCAGAUUUUAUGUGUAAAUACUUAAGAAAUGCACCAUAACGCUGCACACGCAAUCCAGCAGAAUAAAUAAUCUUAAAUCCAGCCAUAUCUGGUGCGGGCCACCAAGGACUUCUAAGCAUUUGGCAACAAGCGCUGCCAGUUUGUUUUCUUUUUCCAAAAAAUUCAAAACUCAUUCACAUCAAUGACCAAAU